GAAUACUUCUAUAUGUCAAUAACUAUUGAUCAAUAUUUUUAAAUUUUCUAUAAAAAUACGGUAUUGCAAAAAUGGUACUAAGAUUCGGAACUAUUGUACCUAAUAUUUUUGGAUGUUCGCAUAGGAUAGUACGAAAUGUUGCGGCUUAUAAUUUAGAGAAUUUCGAUAUAAAUGUCGUUCACGACCGAAUAAGUGAAAACGACGAUGGUCAUUCACAUCAUCAAAUAACUGACGCACAAAACGAACAUCGUCAUUAUCGAACAUCUGCAACGAAUAGUUCUUUAAAUAAUACUCAUGAAGCUAGAAAUGAAAUUGUGAGUGAAAGUCAAAGCAAUAAUAGUAAUAAUGUUAUUAAUCAUAACAAUAAUAACAAUGCUAGAGAAGUACAUUUAACAAAUGAUGAACAACAAUAUAUUAAUUCUGAGAUAUGUGCACUCUUUAAAAUAUGUAAAACAUAUAUUCUUUUUGCUUGUAUCCUACUUGCCAAAGUCCUAUAUGAUUACAAAGCCAAAAUAAUAAGUCUCAUGAUAAUAGUUGUUACAUUUACUAGUGCUAAUAACAGUAUAAAACGUGAAAUUGCAAAACAAAAUGAUAAAAGCUGGCUCUCACUCUCAUUUAUUACAUGCUAUGUUGUUGGAUGUAUAAUUUUUAUUCGUUAUGAAUAUGACAUACGUAUAUUUUCUCUAUAUGUACAAUCUCUUACCAUUUGGGAACUAUUAUGGUCAGUUUUAAUAAGAGAUUUCAUUUUGAAAUUAAUUACUAUUCUUUUUAAAGUAUUUUUAACAUGUUUGCCUUCAGGAUUUCUCACAGUUAGAAAAAGGAGAAAAUAUUUUCUUUUAGUAGAAGCAACAUCUCAACUUUAUCGAUGUAUUGCAUCUAUCCCACCAUGGUUAUAUUAUUUUUUAGAAGCUUAUCAAGGUUCAGAAAGAAUAUUUGGAAUAAUACUUUUUCUGUUGUAUAUAGUAAAUAAAGGAAUUGAUUUGUUACCCCUAAUAAAAUUCUUUCUAACUGCCAUUCAGAAGUUGCUUUCAAAUAUGGAUUUAGGUGUACUACCAUCAAGGAAACAAUUAGCAGCAUCGAGCGGAAUAUGCGUUAUUUGUACUUGUAAAUAUUCUAAUCCUAUAAGACUGACUUGUAAACAUAUUUUUUGUGAAACGUGUAUUUUAACAUGGCUGAAUCGACGAAGUUCGUGUCCGUUAUGCCGUACAAUAAUCGUGAAUAAUUUUAUAUAUCAAGAUGGCCAUACAAGUGAAUUUAUUCAGAUUCCUUGA